GCCAAGAAAAUAGUGAGCCUUCAAACAAUUUGUGAAGAUAAAUUAGGGAAAUUCUGAUGUAGAAAUUUAGGAACAAAAAGUUGUCAGUUUGAGAAAUUGCCUUGCUCUGCCAAAUGUGAGACAUGUGAACCUGAACCAGGUCACUCCUAAGAUCUUGUGUCAUGAGAAAGACAGGACUCUCUUAAGUCUCUUUAUUUCUAUAAUUUUGGUCCUUUAUUGUGUCUAUGUAUGUCUAUAUUUAUGUACAUAAGUAUGGAUUUCUGUUAAUAUUGUCUUACUUGCAUUUUAAGAUAAUAUGCUAUGCUUUACUCACAUGUUAUUAUUGUUAGCAUUUAGUAUGAUAUCUAUCACAUAAUAGGGAGUUAGUACAUGUAUAUUAGGUGAAUACAACAGUAACAUUUACUUUACAUUUUCAGUUUGAUGCUGUUUCUAAAUGAAUAUUCACUGGUAUUAUUUUGCUCUAUGUUCAUUCAACCCUGGUAAAUCGGGUCUUGCAACUUGGCUUCAAUCUGUAUGGAAGAAUCAGUUUUAAAAGGUAUGUGUCAAUCUUCAUAAUCCUUGUUGAAGUGGAUUUAAUGCCACCUUCAAGUCCUUAAUGUAUUUAUACCCACUUUUGCUGGAAAAUAAAUGAUACACAAGCUAUACUUUACUGAUCUCAACCAUUGUUUCAUAAUGAAAAUAUCACAAGAGGAAUUUAUACAGCAAUUAGACUGAGUAUUUAAAGAACAUAUAGAACUUUAAUCAAUCCUCUUUUUUAUGGUCUGGUUUAUUAUGUUAAUAUAAUAUAAGUAGAGUGAAGCACAAAAACUAUAUUAACUGAUGCUUUUCUUUCCUGUUGGUCUCAUUUCUCGAUAAGAAUGUCCAGAUGGCAAAGAAUCCAGGGAGAGUCACUAUAUAGAAUAUUUCGUGGACAAAUUAGUAUUUUAAAACCUCCAUGUUAGAGUUUUAAUUGAUUAAGAACAGUUACCUUGAUGGCUCUGUUCAGAGGAUUUCUGAAAAUCAAUGGAAAAAGAAUGAAGAAUUUUAAGAUCUGUCUUCAUUGUGGAAGUAGGGAGUGGCUAAAAGUAAACCACCUCUUUGCCUUUCCUGGACACUUUCUCCUACUGCCCAACCAAGACAAAGAGGCAAAUGGGAAUGAUGUGAUUUCAGGGUAUUGUCAUUAAUGCUUGGAUAAAAAUAAUCUAAGUAUUAAUUGUAUAGCUAAGAGCAGAGCUUCUGAGUGUACCUAAUAAUAAGCCUUGUGAUGUAAGAAGUAGGAUGAUGGACAAAGAAGCCAUCUGUACUGUGUUACCAAGAAACAAGCAUCUUCUUAUAAAGAAAGUCGUAUCUGGUAAGACUUUUCAUUGGAAAGUAUAUGAGUGAAGGGGAGAUCUUCUGGCCUGUUUUAAUACAUUUUCUGUUGCUAUAGCAGAGUACUACAGACUGGGUAUUCAUAAAGAACAAAAUUCAUUUGGCUCAUGGUACUGAAGGCUGGAAAUUUCAAGAGCAUUGUGUUAGUAUAUGGUGAGUAUCACCCCAUGGAAGAAGGGCAUAAGGCAGAAGAAAGCAUGUGAGACGGAGACAAACAGGGGGCUGAACCCCUGCGGUAAUUAACCCACUCCAGUGAUAAUGGUAUUAAUCCAUUAAGAAGAGCAGAGCCCUCAUGACUGAGUCACCUCUUAAAGUUCUAACUUCUCAGUACUGUUGCAUUGAGGAUUAAAUUUCCAACAGAUGAACUUUAAAGAAUACAUUAAAGCCAUAACAUUAUCAAUAUUAGAAAAGUGUCUAUACUUUUAAAAAAUAAAAACACUUUUUGCUUUUGUAAGCCCAGCACAUUAAGUGUUCAAAAUAUUAGCCUAAUCAGCAUUUUUGCAUAUUAUUCUAGAGGCAGUAAGACAAGAUCACUUAAAUGUUUCAAGGUACACAGGCUCAUGGAUAGGCUCACAUUAUGACUUGGGUUUGAUGGCAGUGGCAGCCUGUCUGGAGUGGCUGCUGCCAUGACCCAGGCUGCAGUGGGGGAGACCUGGCCGGGGAUGUGUGCCCCAGGAAGCGGGUGGGAUAUAGGGACAGGUAGAAGUCUUGUUCCCUUCCCAGUUAGAGAUGUGGGAAUCCCGCCCUUCCGGGUGCAACUGCAGCUGCCCAGCUGUGACUGUGGACUGAGGCAUCAACGCACUCUUGAAGGCCUGGGAAAUGCCCCUGUCCCUGCAGGCUCACAAGUGCCUGUUCCCACUUCCUGGCCUCUCCCCACUCCGGGUGACUGCUCUGAUUUUGGAGCAAAGUUGUGGACGAUCCGGGGCACUCUCAUGACCCAGACUCAGGCCAACUCCAGCAGACGACGGGAAGACUUGCCUGCAGAGAGGAGGUACUCACUGUGGGUUUCCUCUCUGCUGAAAGCUGAGCAGACGAUGGGAAGACCUGCCUGCAGUGAGGAGCUACCCACUGUGAUGAAAAGCGAGGAGAGAAGAGCUCCAUUUCAUUUUUAUAAUUCUUUUUCUGAAUGGGAACAAGAGUCAGACUCCCAAGAGAAGGAGAUACCAAAAGUUAACCAUAUAUUCAGGACCCCAGAAAAUGAGCUGUGUUUCAGCGAGGGGCUUCAAUUCCAGCAGGGAAUGGAGAUGCUACAAGAAAGAAAGCAUACAGACCAUAGGGCAGAAAUGGUAGGAGCACAGAAAGAUGGGGAGACUGUGGCUCACAGAAACUCACUGCCCACACGCUCCUGGAAUAUCUAA